AUGCAAAGCGGACUUGAAAGAAAACCUAGAAAACUUAAUUUUAAAUUAAGAAAUGAUAAAAAUGGAUUAAUUUUAAAAUAUCAUAACACCAGAAACAUAGAUGGAAAACUCGUUAGGAUACGUUUUGUAAAUGGAUGUUUUAAUUAUAAUAGUACCAAAUUUGUUGCCAUCGAUCAUCGUGGUAACGUUUUUGUUUUUGAUUUUAUAUACAAAAAAAUUUGGAAAACUUUUGAUAAAUGUCCGAGAAAUACUGCUAUUCAAUGCAAUACUUAUUCCUUGAACGAAUUUUUUGUUGGUACAAAAUAUGGGGAGAUUUUCAUAAUCGAUAUUGAAAAAGGCAGCGUGAGAAGAUUGGGAAAAUAUUGCUUACUACCUAUACAAAUCAUUUCUAUUCCGGUAUUGUCAGCAUUUCAAACAAAUAUUUUAGUUGCAAGCAGAACAGAAGCAAUUCUUAUAGAUAUAAAAACGUUUCAAGCAAACUAUAGUCUCGAAUUCAAUAAUGCAAAUGAUAUUAUAAAUGCUCACAACAAACAUACUCAACUAAAAUUUAUAUCAUUUUUGCCAAAUUGUGAGAAAAUUAUUGCUUGUUUUUCCAAUGAUUCCGUACAUAUUUGGUCAGCAGCAUGCUUAAAUGGAGAAAAUAAGAAUGCUAAUUACGGUAGCUGUCAACUAGGUGGUAAAUCAGAAGGAGAACUCAAUUCUGGUGAAGACAUGGUGCAAUCAAAACUUACAUUAAAAAUCUUCCGAAUUCUCUAUCCAUUGAAGAUUCGUGACAGACAAUUAAGAUUGACUAAAGAUAAUAAAUAUAAAGAAUUAAAAAUUUCAGAAAAAAUUGAUUAUGAACAUAAUUUCAACAGUAAUCAAAUCGGCGACACUGUUAAAAUUCUAAAUAAAAUUACAAUAGAAGACGACAUAAACGACUAUAGUACAGGUUUAAUACAUUCUUUUGACUUCUCUUUGGAUGGAAAAUAUAUGUGUCUAACCACUUUGGACAAAUAUAUUUUAUUAUUCUCCACAAUUACAUUCGAAUUGGUUAAAAUAAUUAAAACGAAAGAUAUUUCUAUUCAAAAAUGUUUAUGUUUUGAAAAGCUGUUUUAUGAUACUGGAAAAAAUUCUUCUUGUCAGAUAAGUUUAAUAGCAAUCGCAUUGACAUCACAAUCUGAUAUUAUUUUGAUCGAUUUAAAUGAUUUAAUAGUA